UUCAUAAUCCUAUAAAAGCUGCUGUUAUUUUUUUCUACCACACUUUUUCCUUCCACUAAACUUUCCUUUUCCAUUUGGAAACAAUAGUCUACGGUAAUUACCUUUUUCUGCCUUGCCUCUUAAGUCAGCAGGUGAUUUUCUUCUAAACUAAGUUAAUCAAGGUGUAAUUUAGUGAAUCGAUUUCACCUUACAUUUCUGAAGUAAAUCAACCUUUUCAUGAUUUUCUAAUUAAUUAUUUAAAAAGCCAAUCUUUACCUAAACGCACCUGAUGUUUUGAGCUUUAACCCGCCUGAUGGCGUGUUUCUUAUCAAAAAGUGGGAGUUUUUAGAGGGGUGGGAGGGCGACGCUUCGGGAUUUCCGAGCCGUCGUAAACGCAUCACCGGGCCCAGUGUCGUCAGCCGCUGCCCUGCGCCUCCUCCAGCAGCCAGUCAGAGGAGGGAUGCUCUGAACGCGAGACUGCAGCAUCUUCACCGAGUCAGCCGAACCGCACGCCUCUUUCUCCGCGUCUUCCUGCAGCUCCGGACCCGCGCCGCCCGCCGACUCCCCGGGGUGUCUUCAUCCGCGCCUCCUGGAGCCAGAAGCGGACAACCGCACUGAGAUUACGCUCGGAUUUUCCUCCUUUUUUUUUUUUUUUUUUUACACACACAUUACCACAACAACCCCGAUUGUUUUCCUUUUUUGUUUGUUUCGUUUGUUCCUUUGUUUUUCUUGUUUUCUUCGUUGUUCGCGGAGGAGCGCCGCCAUCCUGUUCUGCCGGACAUGAGCGGAAUGAUACACAUAUCCUAGCCCGCGUGUCUGAAGGUUCUUGGAAGAAAGAGUAUUUUUUAUUAUUAUUAUUGUUAUAGUUAUAAUAUUCCCGCAGGAAGCGGAUCCGGUGGAUUUUUGUUCCCAUCUUUCCGUCGCUGCGCAGCAUCUCAACCUGCUCCGUCCGUAAGAAAAAGGCGUAUUUCCCCCAUUCUUAAAGCGAUCUCGCUUUCUCCCAGGACUCAUCUGCACGGCUGCGCUGCGUAAAGACCAGCGGAGAAAGGGAGGAAGAAGAAAAAAAACAAAAAAAAAAAACACCACACACACACACACACACACACACACACACACACACACGCACACGGACGGGGGAUUUAAGCGCAGACGCAGCUUAAGCAUCCAAGAGCGAGCUCGAAAAUGAUGGCCGGCGGAGCUGUGCAGCAAAACGGCAUUUUCUCAAGUCCCCACCAUCACAGUCAGCAGCCGCACAUGGAGUCCGAUCCCCCGGAUUCGCGUAAAAGACCCCUGGAGACCCCGACGGAGGCCAGCAGCACCAAGCGCACAAACACGGGAGUGGCCUUCCUGCAGCCCCUAUUUGAAUCUGAAGGCAUUGUUUACCCUCAACAAGAAACUGAGACUCAUGAGGAAGGCGAGUACUUCCUGAAGGUUUUGAUUCCCAGCUAUGCUGCUGGUUCAAUCAUCGGGAAAGGAGGCCAGACCAUCGUUCAGCUGCAGAAAGAGACUGGAGCCACCAUCAAACUGUCAAAAUCCAAAGACUUCUAUCCUGGCACGACAGAGCGGGUGUGUCUGAUCCAGGGGACGGUGGAGGCGCUGAACGGCGUCCAUGACUUCAUCUCUGAGAAGGUGAGGGAGAUGCCUCAGAGCACCCAGAAGACAGAACCGGUCAGCAUCCUGCAGCCGCAGACCACCGUCAACCCGGACCGCGUGAAACAGGCCAAGCUGAUUGUCCCCAACAGCACAGCCGGCCUCAUCAUCGGCAAAGGCGGCGCUACGGUCAAGGCGGUGAUGGAGCAGUCUGGGGCUUGGGUCCAGCUGUCCCAGAAGCCCGAGGGCAUCAACCUGCAGGAGCGCGUGGUCACCAUCAGCGGCGAGCCGGAGCAGAACCGCAAAGCCGUGGAGAUCAUCAUCCAGAAGAUCCAGGAAGACCCGCAGAGCUCCUCCUGCCUCAACAUCUCCUACUCCAACAUCACCGGGCCGGUGGCCAACUCCAACCCCACUGGCUCCCCGUACGCCAACUCCACCGAGGUGAUGCCGGCGGCGGCGGCCGCCGCAGCCGCCACCGCCUCCUCUCUGCUGGGCCAGGCGGGCCUGGCGGGAGUCGGCGCGUUCCCGACCACCAUGUCCAGCUUCUCAGGCAACGACUUGCUCGCCAUCACCUCCGCGCUCAACACCCUGGCCAGCUACGGCUACAACACCAACUCUCUGGGGCUGGGGCUCAAUCCCGCCGCCGCUUCCGGGGUGCUAGCAGCCGUAGCGGCUAACGCCAACCCAGCAGCGGCCGCCGCGGCUAAUUUGUUAGCGUCGUACGCCAGCGACGCGUCUACCAGCGCGGCGCACCCCGCCGCCAGCCUGGGAGGCCUCUCUCUGGGGUCCCUGGCGGCCGCCACCGGCGCCACCAACGGCUACCUGAGCGCGGCGUCGCCUCUGGUGGCGUCGUCCCUCCUGGCGACGGAGAAGCUAGCAGAGGGAGCGAAGGAAGUGGUCGAGAUCGCCGUGCCAGAGAACCUCGUCGGCGCCAUCUUGGGGAAAGGCGGGAAGACGCUAGUGGAGUACCAGGAGCUGACCGGCGCCAGGAUCCAGAUCUCGAAGAAAGGCGAGUUCAUCCCGGGAACUCGGAACAGGAAGGUGACCAUCACGGGGUCGCAGGCCGCCACGCAGGCCGCGCAGUACCUGAUCAGCCAGCGGAUCACCUACGAGCAGGGCGUCCGCGCCACCAACCCACAGAAGGUGGGCUAAACCUGACAGGAAGCGAGGAGGAAAAGAGGAAAAGUGAAAAGGAAUGGGGGCUUCGGGGGAGGAGAGCAAAGAAAAAGGGAGAAUGGAAAAAAGGAGAGGAGAGAAAGAAUGUCGGAAGGAAUCGUUUGCGCCGUUUUCUUCUGCGUGUUUUCAGUAUUCUAUAUUAAAAAAAAAAAAGGAAGUUUUUUGACUCAAAGCAAAAAUGUGCUGAGAAGGCGAGGAGGGGAGGGGGAGCGAGUUAUUACGCUGAAAAACCAAGAAAAAUGUGUAAAAUGUAAAUAAGGUUUUAUUACUUAACGUCUUGACCUUUUGGGAUUUUUUUAUUGUUUUAUUUUUUGUUUUUCGUUCAGUAAAUUAAGCUGUCUGUGUAUCGUGUGGACAAAGCUGAAUGCCAUUUAGACUGGGAGGCUACAGAGUGCGGCGGGGGUCACGGGGGUCAGGGUGAGGCGGAGGGUUGGUGUUUACAGGGUGCAACGCUCCGCCGGCCCCUCCGGCCCACACGCUGUAUCCUCAGACAGAUUUUAUUUAAUCCAGAUUAUAAAUUCGCCCCUUUCGCUUCGCCCCCCCUCCCCCCUUCUUAACGGUUUAAAAAAAAAAUAGAAAGAUUGCAACUUUAGCUUGAUGUGUGGAAGCUAAGAAACGUCCUCAACUCCCGAAAACUUCGCCUCCCUCGAGUCUCGGUGAGGAGCGUGAGGGCGUUUCUUCACACACACACACACACACUUACACACACACAGGCGCAACCGGUGCAGCGCUGCAGACCCGCCUCUGCAGCAUCAUAAUAAUAAUAAUAAUAAUAAUAAUAACACUCAUGAUGGCAGUAGCUGCGUUUCCGGCACAAAUGUGCGCAAACGUUUUGUCGCUAAUUUCGCAAUUAAAAGAGAAAAUGAGUCAUUAAAAAAAACACUUCCUGUUUUCUUCUUCUUCUUCUUCUUGGUUUGUGCGAGAAUCAACAUCCGGUUGCUGGUCAUGUGACUCGUACGAUGCAAAAAAAAAAAUAUAUAUAUAUAUUUUUAAAUGUCAAAUUGCGCCGUCAUGUUGCCUGGAAACGCAGCUCACGUCGUUUCGCCACAGGAAAUCUCCACCACUGUCGCUAUUUAUUAAUACCGUCGCCCGUUUAAAGCGCAGUCUUCUUUUUUUAAAUCUGUGAAUUCAGGUUGACAUGAAUGUAAAUGAGACUUUUUGUUCUGGGUUUUGUUUUCAUGUAAGAGGAAUAGUAAUGUGUCAAAUAGUGUAAUAUAUGUCUUAUUUAUGUCCAGUUAGAGAGCCGCCCCAGGCAGGAAGAUCAUUAGGGUGAUAUAUCCAGUCAAAGAACCGGGAGCACACACACACACACACACACACACACACACACACACACACAGCUCCAUAUCUGGUGCCGCUGACAGAGAAUCCAUCAAAUCUGCUGUCUGUAGCUGAAGUGAAGCGUCCAUUUAUCGCCCGCUGCAACUAAAACUGAACCGUUUAGACGAGACGUUGUGAUGAAAACACCUGGAAAUUUGGAAAUUCUGAAAUUAUGAGAUUUAGUUUGAAAAGUUUAACAUUUUUGACUUUUUGAAAUUUUAUCAUUUUAAAGAGUCAAAGAAAUUUUUUUUACUCAAACUCAAAUUUCCAGUAUUUUUCUUGAAAAUUUCUGAGAUUUCAAAAUAGCUAACCAAAUUUUUGACUUUUCAAAAAUUUUGAAAUUUUUUUUCUAGAAAGUACUAGAGAUGAAGCUCAAAAUUUCCAAGUUUUCCUACCAAAUUUUCCCAGACGCUCAUUCGCUCGCUGAAGGAAACACCCGGCGCUUUAUGCGGCGCCGCCCAUCACGCGCCCGGCGCAGCCUGCAGUUCCAUUUCCAGUCCAGCAGGGGGCUUUAUCGGCGCUGCGGCGAAGCGCCUGCUGCAGCUGAACCUGCGUCGUUGCGCUGAGACCCGAUCUCGGCCUGUGGUCUUCCAAACCCGCCUCCCCUGUCUCAGUUGAACUGGAUCCAGCCAGAGCACUUAGGACCGACUACUGAGGAGACGCAGCGUCGAGUCGGGCGCAAACACAAACUAAAUAAAAACACUGAAACGUCGUUCGUCUGGGGGCCACCGCUAAAUCUGCGCGCAGAUUUUGUUCUUCGAAAGGCAGCAUGCAUAUCAGUGAAAGGAGAUAAACUCGCCCGUCCGACUGCCACGAGGUCAAAGGGCAGAUGUCCAGCACGCACCCGGGGAGCGGAGCUCCCGUUCGUUUACUGCCCGCUGUAGGCUGCUGAAGAUGCUGUUGUUUAUUGUGUUGAAUAUAUUUUGUGUUGUGUUUUUUUUUUUUUUUAAAGCAAAUCGGAGUACACUGAAUUAUUAUUAUAAUUUUUCUUAUUUUGUCUUAAUGCACUGUGAAGCUAGAGAGCCGCCGCCCGACCUGCUGCAGGUCGGGGCUGCAGACGGCGUCACGACUGGCAGGGAAACGAAACAAAACAAAUCCACGUAUCUGAAAAACACCCGAAGAAGUCGUCAUAUCCGAGUCCCGAGGGGAGAGACCGGGUCGAAUCAAACCAGUUCUUCAACGCAGCUCAGAGUUUCAAAGUCCAAACGCUAAAACUGAGGAGGGGGUGUGUUCUUCUAUGUUAAUUUUUUUUACUAAGCUAUAAAACAACAGCAGCACCAAUCUGAGCCCAGGUCAGGUUUGCUAGCGAACGUGUCGUUCUCAGUUGGAGCGCCAGUGAGGGUUUAAUCUCCACCGCUUGGUAAGGAGGCUUCUUUACUCCCAUCUAACUCCAUCCACACUCUGCUCACCUCCUCUUUCCCAGUGCACCCCCAUCCUGACACCCUUCUCCUCCUAACACAUCGCUCCAUGGGUGACUCUGUCUGCUGUUUUCCCCGAUCGAUGCAUGUCUGCUGCUUGCCCCAGGAAACGCCUCACAGAGAGAGUCUGCGGAGAGCUGCAGGAGGAAACGGCUCGGCAGCCGCUUUUCAGACGGAGUCCCGUUUGCACAAACUGCGGCGGCGUGUUGGAGGCGAUGAGGGCGAGGAAACGGGAGGAAGCUCGGACAAAAAAAACUGCAAAAUUUGGCAACGACUUCAGAAAUUUUCUAGAAAAAAAAAAAAAAAA